GCUCCAAGCUGGACCAUACGCAAUAGGCAUUGAAGAGAUGACAAGAAUAACUUCACUUGCCAAUCAUGCCUCUCUGGUGUUGUCAUGAAAAAGACGGAGCUCUGUCAAUUUAGUGGGGGCAAGAUCUACCCUGGGAAAGGCAUCAGAUUCGUUCGCUCUGAUUCUCAGGUCUUUUUGUUUGCCAGCUCAAAAUGCGAAAGGUACUUCCACAACAGUUUGAAGCCUUCAAAACUCACCUGGACUGCCAUGUACAGGAAGCAACACAAGAAGGACCUUGCCCAAGAGGCUGUGAAGAGGCGUCGCACCACCAAGAAGCCUUACUCUAGAUCGUUUGUCGGUGCUAAUUUGGAAGUUACCCAGAAGAGAAUUGUGCUUUGAUAAAUGUGCCUGUGGAGGUUGAGAGUGAUGACUUGCAAGAGGA